CUACGGAAUCAAAACAAGCCGAUGUGGUCUUAACGCGAUACAAACGCUUCAGGUUUUAAUGCUACGCAUUCAGAAGGAUUUUCAAUUACGUAUACAGAGACGCGUACAUCCGAUUACGUAUCCUGAUACAUUUCAAGCUCAUUUUUCAUUUAAAUUGUUACACGGUAUCUGUCUUACAAACUUAUAAGAUAGAAACAUCUUACAAGAAACAAACAGGUGACUCUAACGCCCACAUUUACUUCUCAAAACACCUACGUUGAAAUUAUAGAAUUUAUAUUAGCGAAAGCAAUUCACUACUGCUAUCAAUUAAGGAAAUAUAUUCAUGACGACAACCACCAGAAAAAUAACUGUUUCUUCUUUAAAUCAUCUACUCGUCGAUCUGCUUAUCAACCCAACAUCACUUUCGAUGGGAUGAAAUUCUCAAAGCCUGAUAUAGGAAAGCUAAAGGCUGCUGAAAUUUCGAUGAGGAAACAGCGUAUUUUGAUUGGAAAGGCCAAAGAAGAAUGCUUUGACAGUAUCAAUUCUGAUCCUCCAAAAUACACAAGUGGUCUGUGGUGCAACCGGACAUGGGAUGGCGUUGCAUGUUGGACCGAUACACGCGCUUCAAGCACAGCUACACAAAUUUGCCCUUCAUAUAUAAUAGGGUUUAACAGAUUCGAAUAUGCUUCUCGCAGGUGCACAGAAACGGGCGAAUGGUUCCGUAGCCCGAAAACAAACAAGAGCUGGACGGAUUACUCUCGUUGUAUAACUCCAGUUGAAACAGUAUUGGCGCAGAAUCAUAUCCACAAUAUUCUUGGCUUAACAAACUUUGGAUAUGUUGUGUCGUUGAUCUCUCUUUUGGUUGCGAUUGUGAUAAUGGUCUUUUGCAGGAGAUUCCAUUACAAAAGUAAUAUUCUUCAUAUCAAUCUAUUCCUGGCAUUUUCUUGUCGGUCAUUGUUUUCCCUUCUCAGACAGAACCUUUUCACUUAUGGAUUUGCCAUGUCCAUUGACUUUCAGAAGAAAGGAGACAAGAUAAUUUUCAAAGACGGACCGCACUGGGAGUGUCGGCUUUUGUUCACUUUGUUUAUAUAUGGUUUGUGUGCCAGCCAAGUGUGGAUCCUCGUGGAAGGAUUUUAUCUACAAAUGUUGAUACACAAAACUCUUUUUACUCAACAACGUAGUGUCAAGUUUUACAUUAUUUUUGGCUGGUGUUUUCCAUUCACAUUUCUUAUUCCCUGGAUUUUUGCACGUAUAUAUUAUGACAACACACUAUGCUGGAGUGUGAAUAUGCACUGGAGUUAUUUAUGGAUUAUACGCGGUCCUAUUACAUUGACCAUCAUUAUAAAUUUUCUAUUUUUCCUUGACAACAUUCGGGUUUUACGAGAUAGGACUCGAGCCCGAGGCAACAGCCGUACUUUCAGAAAAUUAGCUAAGUUCACAGUCAUGCUGGUACCGUUGUUUGGAGUUCCUAAUCUGUUAUUCAUGAUGCUACCACCAGAGAUGAACGUAGCUGUUGACGUGCCAUUUCUUUAUGUAUCAAUGUUAUACAGUUCGUUCCAGGGACUAAUUUUAUCACUGCUAUUCUGCUUUCUCCAUGAACAGGUCCACAUCAAUAUGAAACGAAAGAUUAGCCGUUAUGUAAUGCGACGCGACACAGUGAGCCUACGGUCGAGUACCGGACACUAUUCUUGCCAUCGCCAGAAUUCGGCACCAACGCAACAUGUUCAGUGUCCGACAUCUGAUUUAGAGGAGUCGCUUCAACUGCAGUUAUCAGAUAUCACUUCACACAACCAAGAUAAACAAUCGGAACAUUCUACUGAACCGAUGAAACAGUUCAGUAUAAACUCAGACAUUUCACAACUGAAAUCUAACCAGCAGUGUGUUAUGGUAGAAACCACGUUUACAACAUAACGGAUUUUGAUUAAUGUCUGCACGUGUGCAUUAUUUAGAUACGUCACUAUAAGCGUAUAAUUGUGUGCAUAAGUUUUAAGAAUUUAUAUUAUUACAUAUUCAUCCAACACACACACUUAUAUACAUAUAACAUCAUGUGUAUCCGUGCGCGUGUGUGUGUGAGCGCAUGCGUGUGUGUGUGUGUAUUCCGCUUCGGCAUUGCCAUGCUAAUGACCUAGUGUUCGAACUCAACAUGCAUAUGCUUCAGUAUGAAGCGUCAGUCGAGGACACAACUGUAAUAAGAAAUUGAGAAGACAAUGGAAAUAAAAAUAAUUAUGAACUUCAUUAGCGUACAUCUGUUUCUGCUAUAAGAUUAAUGCACUCAUAGUUGGGUGCUUGAGUACCACCUUAUAACUUCAUCAGAGCUUCAAACCUGAAGUGCAAUUUAUUUGGGAAAACUUUUACAUUUAUGUUUAUACAUAUCAAAAGCAUUACCAAUGAAAAAACAUACAUGUAUGUAGGAAAUGAAAUUCAGGAGAUUGAGGAAGAAGCCCUGCCCAUAAUUAGAAUACCAUAAAGUUUUAAAUGUGUACAAGCAUAAGUAUAUGACACAUUUCUAUAAGAUGUGAACACAGUAAAAAUAAAUAUCUCUCAGUAAAAUAUAUAUUUCUCCCUAUUUCCUUGUACACACAAACACACACAC